AUGAUCCCCUUCAUACCACGCUUUAUGGGCUGGGAAACAUGGGAUUUGCGACCGCAGGACACGCUGAAUGGGGAGGAGACCGGCGGUGCUUUUAUGACUUUGCAACGCGAUCUGGAGAUUCCGCCGUUCAUCGUUUGCUUGGUGCUGAAAAGAGAGCAUUGGGACUUGCACUUUGAUGGCCAACAUCCAUAG